CACCCCGCAGCUGAAAGCUCAACAUUCCAAGCCCAGCCAAGCCAUCAUUUUAGAUCUGCUAUCAGCGUUGUCCCAAGAGUUUUCUUUCACCUUGUGCAUUCUAAGUUCUCCCUUGACCAAUGCAAAAUGUCAUUUUCGUAUGGCGUUUCUGUGGCGUUUUGCCUAGUCUGCACGUUGUAGCGAGCUGAACAUUCCGAGCAUGGGAUACGAUGUUUGCUCCGCAAUGAAACAUCCAAACAGGCGUUAGAUAAAUUCAGCUGGCUGAAAUCGGGCUGGCUGUGGCUGAGUGGCAUUGACGGCUUAUUUAUAAUUACUCUCCUCUAAGCGUCCUUCGUAAGAUUCCUCUCCUUGACGAUUUCUUAGAAACCCCGUUUCUUGCUCUGCACAAGAGUCAAUUGCUUUCUCCCUUCUAUUCUACUCUACCUCUUCUUCUUUCCUUCAAUAUUGUUAUCUUUCCAUUGCCAUGAUGCAUCUUUCCACAGUCCUUCUACUAGCCACUGCGGUCAGCACAAACGCUCAAUCCCUCCUCGAGGCGAUCUCCCAUAUCACCGAACUCUCCAACUUUACCGCUUUCUACUCCGCCAACGAAGCUUUCGCAAAUGCGCUCUUCGGAAAUGAGUCUCUCUACCCAAUCACUGUUCUCGUUCCCAACAACAAGGCCUUCGCCGCAUACCAGGAGAAAUAUGGCAUCUCCCUCACCGACGCAUCACCCCAGGCCCUUCUCCCUCUCGUUCAGUACCACACCCUUGUCAGCAGUUUGAAUAAAGACAAUUUCACAAGCGGGUCCGGAGCCACGACUCCCACGCUGCUAGUCGACAAACAAUACAACAACCGCUCCGUCGGAACCUCAAUGGCCGCAAAAUACGGUGGCGCCGAACGAUCAUCCGGCCAAGUCGUUUUCAUAAAACAGACCUCAGGCUCAACCUCCAAAUUCCGGCUUUCUCGCCAAGCAGGCGGAUCCACCGAAUCCGUCCGCUCUGGUCUCUCAUCCUCCGUCAACAUGACCGCGCUUGACGACAGCGAAAACACUUGGAAAGGCGGCAAAUUUCACAUCAUUGACGGACUCUUGACCCCACCAGACCUCUGCGCCACCACCAUCCGCGGUGCAGGACUCUCAUCCCUGGACAACGCACUCAACCGCACGAGCCUUUGGGGCGCACUCGACGGGACUGCGAAUCUGACGUGUUUGGGGCCGAAUAAUGAGGCGUUCAAGUCUGCAGGGAAUGCAGAUUCGACGCUGAAUACCACGGAUUUGACGGGCGCCAUUUUGUUUCAUACGUUGCCGGAGGUGGCGUAUAGUGAUUACUUGAGUGAUGGGCAGGAGUUUAAGAGUUUACAGAAUAUGACGGUCAGGGUGAAGGUUGAGGGUGAGGGGAGUGAGAGGCAGAUUUGGUUUAAUAACGCAAAGGUUGUGGAUGCUAACGUUUUGACUCAUAACGGCCUCAUGCACGUCCUAGAUAGCGUUAUGAAGCCGCUCGAGGAAUUAAAUGCAACCGCAUCUGCAUCUCCAUCCAGCACACAGAAGCCGACGGCCACCGCCUCAAACACAGCAUCUGCGGCUGCAAGCUCGACAGGCGCUGCAGUUGCUAACGUGAUGAGCAGGAGUGUCUGGGGACUAGGACUGUUGGGAGCCGUGAUGGUGAUGUUUUGAUGAGAUCUGG